CACGUACCUACAGCAGAACCAAACCGGGCAAGCUACAACUGUCUUCCUUGGGAAUACUCAUGGUCCAUUAGCAUUAUAAUUUGUCGCUUUGUGGAACAAGAGAACUUGGAUCUCUACCAAUAUACCACACACUGCGCACAUUUCACGUCUACCUCAGGAUGCCUCACGCGACGAGCCUCCCAGAGCCAGGCUUCCAAGCUCUCAUAUUAUGUGGGCCAGGAGCAUCCUUCAGUACCUUCACAUCAAGGCCUAGAGAUAUCCCAAAGGCAUUGCUACCAAUUGCAAAUCGGCCUAUGGUGUGGUAUCCGCUGGAAUGGUGUUACCGCAUGGGAGUCACGGACAUUAUCGUUAUAACGCCCCCAGAGUCCUUGGAAGCUAUCGAAGCUGCCAUGUCCCAAAACCCACACCUUACAACCCUUCCUUCGCCAAAGCCAGACAUUCUCGCCCCAAAAGACCUCACCCACGAGACCGGAACCGGCGACCUCUUCAGACUUCCCGAAGUACAAAAUGCGAUCAAGGGCGACUUCAUCGUGCUGCCGUGUGAUCUCGUAUGCGAACUGGACGGUACAGCGUUAGCUGACGCGUGGAUGAUCGAACAGGGAGGCUUUGCGGGAGCUAGUGGUGGACUGCAUGAGAACGGCAGCAAGAUUGCUUUCGGCGCUGGUGGAGAGAGGCUCGGUAGAAGAGGCGGCCUAGGAGUUUGGUAUGAAACCAAAGGCGAGGGUAGCAAGAAAGGUGAAGAGACGGACUUCAUCGCAACCACGCCGCUGCCGACACCCACCGUACCAGCGCCCGCAGACUCAUUACGGCGACACAUCUCAAACCUCGUAUACUCUGUCCCCACAGACACGCUUAACGACAUCACCGAAGCGAACAAGACAUUCCCGCUGCGACAUUCGCUCAUCCGAAAGCAUGCCCGCAUAAAGAUGCUCACAACUCACCGCGACGCGCACAUCUACUUCUUCCCGUACUGGGUGAUUGAAAUGAUCAAGAAGAAUGAAAAAUUUGAGAGCAUAAGCGAAGAAGUCUUGGGCUGGUGGGCAAAGGCUGGGUGGCAGGAUGGGCUAGGAGACAAGCUGGGUCUGCGACAGAUAUUGCAGGGCGAAGAUGAAGCCUCAGACCAUGGUUCACAGGUAGUCGAAGAAGAGGUUGAUGUUUCCAAGUUCAGCACAACCUACUCCAGCGGUAUGACGAACGACGGCACAAGGACACCCACAAUACUUGCCUCGAGAGUCACCCGGUCCUCCAGCAUACCCGAAUCUGCCAAAUCGCUCACCUCGGACUCAAAACUCAUCAUACCUCCGCUACUAGCAUACGUCCAGCCAUCUCGUCCAACCGAGCCUCUCAUCCGCCGUGUAGACGACUCGCACCUGCUCCUGACCGUCUCUCUCCGCCUUGCAAAACUCUCUUCUAUAGAAGAGUCUAGCAAAGAUACCGCCUCACCCUUUGCUCAUCAGUCCAAAAUUGCCCAUAAAGAAUCAAUUCCCAGAAAGUGUCGCGUAGAAGCCGAAAACUCACUAUUAGCAGAGAACGUCAUCGUUGAAGAGAAAACGAACAUCAAAGAAACCGUUAUUGGUCCAAACUGUAAGAUCAGCGAGGGCGCAAGGCUGUUAAGGUGUUUGUUAAUGGAUGGCGUGGAGAUUGGGCCGAAUGUGCAGCUUACGGAUUGUAUACUGGGUCGGAGGUGUAAAAUUGAGGGCGGCGCAGCGAACACCGAUAAGACGGUGCUGAAGGACUGUGAGGUGCAGGAUGGACAGGUUGUGGAGUGGGGUACUGAGGCGAAAAACGAGAAAUUCAUGCGCUUCGACGUUGGCGACGAUCCGGAUGAUGUUGGGGGGUUCGGAGAUGAUGAGAUUGAUGCGGUGGAGGAUGACGAGGGCAUCUCAUUAUAAGAACGAAACAUAGCUACAACGGAUGCAACAAUGAUACCCUGGGUCUUUACAUAACUAGCUUGGAAAGGCUAUAAAGCUUCACAGCUAUUCGCGGGUGAACCAUGUCCAUGGUAGACAUAUAGUAAAUGCCUUUCAAACUGCAGCCUGAGACAUUCAUGGCACUUAUUGAUGCCAGAACCUAUACUAAAAGAGCUCUGUUAAUUCUACUCUAAUUAAUAAAUCAAAGGGUC